UCUCUUUUGGCGCAUCCUCUCGGUCGAGCCCAGCCUGCUGUAUCUACCUCCCUGGGACACUGGGGAAUCCACCUGCCGCCGGAGAUCAGACACACCUCGGGAUGGAUGCACUGAAAUCCGCCGGCAGAGCGAUUAUCAAGAGCCCCGGAGUUCCGCGGCACACAUGGGGAACUUCCAAGCACGAAAAGCUGCCAGAGAACUGGACAGACACCAAGGAGACUCUGCUGGAGGGGAUGGUGUUCAAUGUGAAGUACCUGGGUAUGACUCUGGUGGGCCAGCCCAAAGGAGAGGAGAUGGCCUCAGCUGCCAUUCGCAGGAUUGUUGCCACGGCCAGGGCCAGUGCUAAGAAGUUUCAAAAAGUAACAUUGACGGUCUCACCGAAGGGCAUCAUCAUGACAGACACAGAGACGACAGACCUCGUGGAAAAUGUCUCCAUAUACAGAAUCUCGUACUGCACAGCAGAUAAAACUCAGGAUAAGGUCUUCGCAUAUGUCUCUCAGAGUCAGUUCAAUGAGACCCUGGAGUGCCAUGCAUUUCUCUGCCAAAAGAAGAAGAUCGCUCAGGCUGUGACAUUAACGGUGGCCCAGGCCUUUAAAGUGGCCCUCGAUCUGUGGGAGAUUGCUCAGGAAGACAAAAACAAAAAAGCCAGGACCUGCUGUUCUUGUGCAGCAAGCAAAGGGCAGACACAGACAACAGACACUCAGUGUGUUCCUGCAGAUCCAGAGGCACGCAAGCCUGUUGGGUUGGAGGAGAAGCUCCGGAGGCCCUUCUUCUCCUCUUUACUCAGCUCGCCCUCGCCUCGCAGUAACCCCACUCGGAGGCGACCAAUCAAACACGACUCUUGGGACGUGGAGGAUGGCCUCGAUGAUGCGUUCUCAAGCAACAUGGAAGUAGAGGAGAUGGACACCGACUGGCCGAGUCCUGCUCCGAACCCGUCUCUAACGAUGCAGCUCUGAGUCCCAGCGAGGUCUCCUGCGAGAAUCUGUUGUCUAUUUGCAACAAUGAGUUUGAAUAACACACGCCGAAAUAGCUGCCCCAACUUAAGAGCGCCACAGAAAAAAAAGAAGAGAAUCAAAACACAAAAAAACAGUAAACGUCACUUGAGCCGACAGCAAAGCGCAUCACGCUUCCCCGGUGCACGACCUGAAUCGGUGAGGCUCUGCUUGAUUUUCUGUGGCUGCUGCGGAGAAGACAGAAUGGAUGCCCUGAUAAUAUAAACUGCCAUGCCUGACAGUCGACACUCCACUCGGUGUAAACAGCCAUCCUACGCCAUAUUCCUACUCUCACCAACUGCCAGACGAAAAGGCCGUGCACACGAUGUACAACACGGCACUGCAAGACGUGCACGAAUUACGUGUUUCUACUCAAAGAAGUUCCACAGAAGAUUCUCCUUCUUUUAAUCUGAACUUGUAAAAAACACUGUCACUUCCACUUAGAUGAGUGGAAUUCAGAUGAAGAUAUACUCAGCAUCAAGCAGUUUAGAGAUGUGUGUACAUAAAAGGCUGUCGCCUCCUUUCUGAAAACGUGAAAGCUCUGAUCUCGUCGUUUGCUUAACAAAAGUAACAGCUGCCAGUCUCAGCCGUCACUGGAGGAAGUCCAGUGUUCAGAGAGAUCAUCAGCAAAGCUGGUACACAUCUUCAGUCAUGAUAUUUUAUGAAUUACGCGUUCAUCUUUCAGCUUGUUUGUGCUUUGAUUCAAGCAGUUCUUUGAAUAAUGAAACGGCAUGUGAUAAAGUCAUGACAUAUGGGCAAACUAUACCCGUAUGUCAUCUUUUUAUUGUUUGGAACAUAAAUGUGUUUUAAGGUAAACACAUCUUAAUCUGUUUUAAAAAAAAUUUGAAUCCACCAAAACACACACAAAGACAACCAUACUAUUGCGAGAGAUGUGGAUUAUAAAUGAUCAGAAUUGAUAUUCCAUUGUAUUCCCGUGUGCUUGCUUGCUUUGUGGUAACAAUGUCAGUAGAUUGUUUGCAAUGUAAAGAAAACACAGCACAACAGCAGACAGGCUGUCUAUAUGAAUAUGGCUUAUGUAACCAAAAUACAAUGACUAAUUUACAUGCUGCCGUCUCCUCAGUCAGUCAGCUGCCACUGUACAUAAAGAUGAUGUUACUGUUAAAGAAUAGCGAUGAUGUAAGGUUAAGAGGACGAGUGUAUGGCGAGGCCAAAUUAUUAAGAGUAAAGCAACAUAUUUCCUUACUCUGUAUUUUUUCAAUGUCAAAGCUGUGUAAUUUAUGUAUGCAUAUGGUAUCAUUAUAAAAGAAGUAGGAUGAAUACAUUCAGGGCUUCACAAAGGUUGUUUUUAAUAAUCAUCACUCUUGUUGAGAUGUGAAUGUGUAUAUUCCUGUAUGUUUUUCAUUAGGUUAGACAAUUUGUACAAAAUAUAAUCAUACGUGUUUUUUUUUAUCACUGCAGGAAUUGCUUUAUUUUUUCAAUAUAGCCAUCAGUCACCCAUGUACAGUAUUCAAUUAUUCAAAGUCCUAUUCUCGAUUGAGUAAUCACCUGUUACACCGAUCGACACAAUUCACAUGUUCCUCGAUUAACCGCAGUCUGUGCCACAAAACACGUCCUUCGUCCCAGAUCCUAUUAUAUAUGAAUUACUGCUUAUUUUUAGAUGACUCUCGGAUGACGUUCGCUGUCGGGAGGGUAUUAUAUCUUUUCCCCAGUCUGUCUGAAGUGGUCCUUCCCUCUGUAUUCAUGGCAUCAUGACUGAGGCGGAGGUAGCGCCGGGGGCUCAGUGUCGUUGUCAUGACACCCACUGCAGAAUAAUUGGAUGGCUUUAUCAGGUUACGCCAUGAAGCUUAAUUGCAUUGUUUCCUUCCUGACUGGCUGAAAUAGCGUCUCCAUAGCAUCUUUGAAAGUCAGCUCUUUGCGGUUUUGGGUGUCGUAAAUAGCCUCCAGCUCGUCUAUGGAAGACCUAUCGAGCCGUGUAUCGACUGUUCAGCAGAGUGCAACGUCAAAACGCAAUGUCGUCAUUUUUGCCUUACCUUUCUCAUCUUUCGUCACGGAUAGAAAUUAUUUUUGCAUAUUUUCUCACGUUUUUCCGCUCCAUCAUUGACUGAUGCCUGUGUGGAUGCUUCAGUAUCUGCUGAUUCAGUGCUAUUGAGUGCUAUUUGGAGAUGGGCUGCUGUCCAGGAGCUCUCGGGCUCAAUAAUGGUUUUCAAUAACGACAACCAACCAACAUAGUUUUGAAGCACAUUUACGAAAAAGGAGAAAAGCUGGAGUCGCUUCUUCCACAAGCUGCAUUAUUCUCCCGUGCAGAGACCUAUAAGGUUCCCUGGUAGAUAUUACACUUGGAUGUAGUCUUCACCCAGACUUUACCCUUUUUAAAUAGAUUUUCAAGGAAAAACAUCAGUGUGAGCCCUCUGGGUUCUUAUGUAGAACUGAUCAAUCACCGUAUACAUUGUGUCAUGGCGUGAAUUGAUCUGCUGGACUGAAGAGUUUUCUUUCAUAUCUUCAGUAUUCUGAGCACAGCACACUUUGACACACAGCAGAUCUUGAAUGGAUGUGGUUCUUUGGCUCAGCCGAGAAUUGUCCAUGCGGGAGAGGGGGGUGAACAGACCGACCUGCUCCUGGAGGUAUAACAUGCCAAUUUGAGUAUACAGUGCACUGAAUACAAAUCAGACCGUGAAGGUUUUGGGGCCAGAGAACAUUUGAGGCUUUCAGAAAUUUCAGAUAUUCUUGCCCAAAUUAACCAGUGUUUACAGUGUCGGUUUACUUUUCAAAGAAGGUGCUUAUUUUCUAUCUAUGCAAUUAGUGGGGUUUUCAACAGUGUUGUGUUAUUAUAAUAAAAGCAAUUUGUCUAUAAAUCACAAGUUGUCCUAAACUGUUAAAAAAAAAAAGUACAGAAUUUGGAAACUGUUAUGGUUUGUUACAUAUGCAUAAUAAAAUACUUUGUACAAAUAUUGAAUUGCAGUCAACUGUGAUUUUUCAUGUCUAGAAUACCAUUUGAAGAAACCGGUCUUUUGUUAAAAAGCUUCUUCUCUCAUUGACAGUAUAGUUGCAGAGAUACUCUGGCCUUCAGCAAUGCCAGACAAUAUGAUAGCGAAGUGUAGCAAAUCAAUUUGAUUCCAUAAUUACUCUAUAAUUUGAUCAAUAAUGAGUUUCAACUACUCGGCUUGAAAAAGAACCAACUAAAGCAUCACAGCUCGCUGUGCAGACGAGCACUCUCUUUAUCGCCAUCGUUGAUCUGUCCAGAACGUUUUAGUUUAAACAUAGUUUGAAUCCAUACUGUUUUCCUCUCAAACACUUCACAGCUCACUGUGGUCGAUCCAAAGCAA